CGAGUCCCUCUCUGGCUCUCCAUCUCCACUGGAAGAAAAAUCAGAGCUGUGAUACAAGUGAGAACUUCAAGGAUUCAGAAGAAGUGAUUAAAAAACGCUCAACCAUGGCGACAAUCGGGGAUUUCGACCCACUCAACUCCACCGUACCUGCGACCAAGAUUGAAGUCACCGUUUCCUGCAGAAACUUGUUAGACAUGGACACCUUCUCGAAGUCAGACCCCGUGGUGGUGUUGUACGUGCAAGGCCUGGGGACCAAAGAGUGGAGAGAGUUUGGUCGGACAGAAGUGAUCGAUAACACGCUGAACCCCGACUUUGUGAGGAAGUUUGUCCUUGAUUUCUUCUUUGAAGAGAAGCAGAACCUGCGCUUUGAUGUGUACAAUGUGGAUACCAGGAGCUCCAACCUUUCAAAACAUAAGGACUUCCUGGGUCAGAUGUUUUGUACACUGGGAGAGAUAAUCGGCUCAACUGGCAGCAGACUGGAGAGGACGCUCUCUGGGAUUCCAGGGAAGAAAUGUGGAACCAUUGUCUUCACAGCCGAGGAGCUCAGUAACUGUCGGGACAUUGCCACCAUGCAGUUCUGUGCCAACAAGCUGGAUAAAAAGGAUUUCUUUGGCAAGUCGGACCCUUUCCUCGUCUUCUAUCGGAGCAAUGAGGAUGGGACGUUCACUAUCUGCCACAAGACUGAGGUGAUCAAGAACAACCUGAACCCCGUUUGGCAGUCGUUUACCAUCCCUGCACGAGCGCUCUGCAACGGAGACUAUGACAGGACGAUAAAGGUGGACGUUUUUGACUGGGACCGAGACGGGAGCCAUGAUUUUAUCGGAGAGUUCACCACCAGCUACAGAGAACUGUCUAGAGGCCAAAGCCAGUUCAAUGUCUAUGAGGUUUUGAACCCAAAAAAGAAAGGCAAGAAGAAGAAAUACGUCAACUCAGGGACGGUGACUCUGCUGUCCUUCAAAGUGGAGUCAGAAUGCACGUUCAUCGACUUCAUCAGAGGAGGGACACAACUCAAUUUCACCGUGGCCAUAGACUUCACAGCAUCCAACGGUAACCCGUCUCAGCCCACCUCGCUGCACUACAUGAGUCCAUACCAGAUGAAUGCGUACGCCAUGGCUCUGAAGGCCGUAGGGGAGAUCAUCCAGGACUAUGACAGUGACAAACUCUUUCCAGCUUACGGCUUUGGAGCUAAACUUCCCCCAGACGGAAAGAUCUCCCACGCCUUCCCACUGAACUCAAAUACAGAGAACCCAAACUGUGUUGGCAUCGAGGGAGUCCUGGAGUCUUACUUCCAGAGUCUGCGAACGGUUCAGCUGUACGGCCCGACAAACUUUGCUCCCGUCAUCAACCAGGUGGCUCGGUGUGCUGCAGAAGUGACUGACGGCUCACAGUACUUUGUGCUGCUGAUGAUCACAGACGGUGUUAUCUCAGAUAUGGAUCAGACCAAAGAGUCAGUGGUCAAUGCAGCCUCCCUGCCCAUGUCUAUCAUCAUAGUAGGAGUAGGUCCUGCUGAGUUUGAUGCUAUGGAGGAGCUGGAUGGGGACGAGGUUAGAGUCUCCUCCAGAGGACGCUUUGCAGAAAGAGACAUUGUUCAGUUCGUUCCUUUCCGAGACUACAUCGACCGAUCAGGGAACCAGGUCCUGAGCAUGGCCCGACUGGCUAAGGACGUCCUUGCGGAGAUCCCAGACCAGCUGCUGUCCUUCAUGAAGACCACAGGGAUUGAGCCAAGGCCCCCUCUUCCUGCCUGCUCAGACUCCCCCUCGAUGUCAUCCAAUACAACCACAUCGACAACUCCAGCCUCAAAGGAGCGUAACACACACGCCUGAAAUGGGGGCAG